AGUGCAGCGGCCUGGGGGACAUGCCCGGCUCCUUCGUGCCCACGGUGACGGCCAUCACCACGAGCCAGGACCUGCAGUGGCUGGUGCAGCCCACCCUCAUCUCCUCGGUGGCCCAGUCGCAGCCCCCGGGGGGGCCCAUGGCGCAUCCCCCCCCACCCACCGCCCCCGUGGACCCCUACGACCUGCCGGGACCCAGCUACUCCGCACCGGGCAUGGGGGGCUUCCCUUCGGCCCCCCCGGCGCGUCCCGCUCGCGCCCGGCCCCGGCGAAGCCGCGAGGAAACGCUGACCCCGGAGGAGGAGGAGAAGCGGCGCGUGCGGCGCGAGAGGAACAAGCUGGCGGCCGCCAAGUGCCGCAACCGGCGCCGGGAGCUGACAGACCGGCUGCAGGCGGAGACGGACCAGCUGGAGGAGGAGAAAGCCGAGCUGGAGUCGGAGAUCGCCGAGCUGCAGAAGGAGAAGGAGCGCCUGGAGUUCGUCCUGGUGGCCCACGCGCCCGCCUGCAAGCUCCCCUUCGAGGACGCCGGCCCCUUGGGUGCCGGCCCCGCCGAGGUGAGCACCCUGGGCAAGGAGGAGCCGCCGGGGCCCGUCGCCUUCCCGUUCCAGCCGGGCACCCAGGGCCCCUUCCCCAGCUGCUGCUUCGCGCCGGGGGCCCCCCCGGUGCCACCUAACCCCUCCUAUACGUCUUCGUUUGUGUUCACCUACCCAGAGGGAGCGACCUGCGGAGCCUCGCAUCAGCGGAGCAGCAGCAGCGACCAGUCCUCGGACUCCUUGAAUUCUCCCUCGCUCCUCGCGUUGUGA